GAUGGCUUGAAACCCUGAAAGUCCAAAAGCCAAAACAAAUCUUACCCAGCUCAAAAAAUAUAAGCUUUCUCUCUCCCUCUAUAUUCCUUUAAACUUUUCUUAUAUUCUUUUGUUUUGUAUACUUUCUCCCAUGUCGGAUCAUGAAUUUAGAGACUUUUACGACCAUGCAACAGUCCACAAUGAUCAUCAGCAAAGUGUUGGUGAAACCGACAUUUAUAGGGUUUCAUCAUCAUCAGCUGAUCAUCCUUCAUACAUGAGCUUCACCGAUUGUUUACACAGUAAUUUCGUGGACUAUGGUUCACUUGAAAAAGCCUUUGGUUUGUCACCUUCAUCCUCUGAAAUGUUUUCUUCAGUCGAAGGCAGCAAUCAGACGACGAAGCAGAAGGUUGGUGAAGGGGAUUUAGGAGGUAAUAAUACAAGUGAACUUAUGACAACUCCUAAUUCUUCUAUUUCUUCUUCCUCAAGCGACGCUGGUUGUGAAGAAGAUUCAGAUAAGAGCAAGAAAGAAAGGCAACCAAAAGAAUCAUCAGAAGAUGGAGGGGAAAGAUCUAAGAAAGGGAACAAAGCAAAAAAGAAAGGAGAGACAAAGCAAAAAGAACCACGAUUUGCUUUCAUGACUAAAAGUGAAGUUGAUCAUCUUGAAGAUGGAUAUAGAUGGAGAAAAUAUGGACAAAAAGCUGUGAAGAAUAGCCCAUAUCCAAGAAGCUACUACAGGUGCACUACUCAGAAGUGUAAGGUCAAGAAAAGAGUGGAGAGGUCAUUCCAGGAUCCAUCGGUCGUGAUCACGACAUAUGAAGGCCAACACAACCACCCACCUCCCACGACACUGAGAGGAAGUGCAGCAGGGCUAUUCCCACCUUCCAUGUUAACGCCAUCGCCACUGGCGGGGCCAGGCUUCCCACAAGAAUUGUUUAUGCCUAUGCCUCAUCAUCACAUGAAUAACCAAGCCGGUGCAGGUUCAAUGUUUGCAGAAAACUUUAACCCGUUUCAGCAGUACCACCACCAUCAGGUUCCUGACUAUGGACUUCUUCAGGACAUGGUUCCUUCCAGGUUCCUUAAGCAAGAACCAUGAGUCGCCUCUUUCUACAUCUUUUACUCCGUGUGUAUAUAUAUGUAACUACCUACUUUAUUAUUGAUUUCAUCUGACUUCUUUACAACCUAAGAAUUAUUCUUCAGUUACUGAUCUAAAAAGGCCUAACAUCAAGGACUAUAGAUCAUUGGAGUAGGAAAUGUUUUCCUUUGCACUUGAAACUCGGUUGUCUUGCCACAUACAUUUAUACCGGAAAAUGCCUCUUUGAUAGGAGAUCAGUGUGAGGGGUCAUAGUAGUUUUUGAAGGAAAAAAAAACUACUACUGGAUUAAAGUUGCUUUUAUGUUUGUUUAUUAUCAUCCUUACGGAAUUAUUAGUGAAGAAUGCGAGAAACAUUAAUUUCCUUUAAUUUUUUUUAAAAUAAAAAGGUAUGCUGAAAGCGUUUAAACAAGCCUCGAUCCGAGAUGUAGGAGUCAUCCUGUCAGAGAAGGCAGAAUCCUAGUCCUAGUCGAAUAUGCAGGAAUAU